UUGGGAUAUUAUGCAUAUAUACACGUACACUAUAUACAGGGGUGCCUUACAUCGUUUACUGUCUCUGAAAGCUUGAGGAUGAUAUCCAAAAUAUGUUUGGUUCUUUGCUUCCUUGCGUACGAAGUCGGAGUCGCUAGUGCGUACUGCCCAACAACGACUAGAGAAAUGGCUAAAUCUUGCAUUACUGAAGACCGGAAAUGCUCUGCAACGCCGCGCAUGGUAAACGGUUGCUUUAAUGGCUGCGAUAUUACAUGUUCCGACUCUGAGGAUGAAAAUCGCUGUGCAAACCCUACCGAUUUAGAUAUGUGUGAUGACCUUAACGAUCCUUACUGCUCGUCCAUAGCAGACAUGGAGACAGUGAAUGGCAAGCAAUGCUUCUCGAGAUGCGUUAUGAUGUGUUCCAAGAAAUAAAAAUGACAGGAUGAUUAAUUCAUCAGAUCGAAGAUUGAUUUACACGGCUUUUUUGUACAUUGAUUUUAAUCCCAAUUUUGUAUUUGUAAUGAUAUUGUGGAAACGUUAUUUUAAUUCUUCGAAGUGAUGAUUUCUUCAAAUAACUGAACAGAUGUAUCGGAUUUGUUUGCAUGGUUUACAUCCUAUUCACUAAUUUCUCACACAUAGAGGUUUAAGUGAUAUACAUUUCAAUGUCCGCUUAGGAUCUACAUUUCCAAACAAUUUCGAACAAGAAAUGGGCGUGCUACAAGGAAGUAUCUUAUCGGUUAAAUUAUUUAGGAUAAGAAUAAAUAGUCUAGCUGCUGUUAUUAAAACGACUUUCAUGGAAUCCUAUAUCUCGAUGACUGUUCUCUGUUACAAAUAAAGACUAAAAACAUGAAUUCCAUUGCGCGAAAACUAGUUAUGUCUAAACAAAAUCCAAAAUUGGACUGAUGUAAAUGGUUUUUAAUUUUCCAAAGCUAAAACUACAUGCAUGGAUUUCUGUUCUAAACGGAAAUACCAUGAUGAUCCACUAUUGCAAUUAUAUGUUACUCCAAUUAAAGUUGUAUAAGAGCU